AAGAAGAAGAAGAAGGAGUCGCAGCAGCAGCAGAAAAAGGAGACGACGAAGAAGAAGAAGAACGCUCCUGAGCCAACUCGAUUAAAUAAACAUGACGAUGUUGACAGUUGCGGUGUCUUCGGCGCAUUGGCACUAAAAGUAAACCAUUUACCUCCAACGAGGGUCGUUGGAUAGUGUGUAAAUCUACAUUUGUGACAAACUGUCGCGUCUUUGACUCGGGACAGACCAUCACAUAAUCUCAAGUAGACAAUCGGACCAUCACUACUGCAAUGCCUCUGCUGUUUUUGGAGAGGUUUCCUUGGCCCAGCUUGCAGACCUACACGGCACUUAGUGUGGCUUUGCUCGCUGGCAGCCUUUUUAGUGCCUACAACACUGUAACUGAUCCUGGGUUCGGAGUCUUGGAAUCUGAUGAAACGCCAGCACCAACUGAAGGGGAUCUCGAACUAAACAAUGCAAUUAGUAACACGGAAUUGACAAGCACCAUCACGUGGUAUAUUGCCACUGACAGUCUCUUUGUAUGGGUAUUGGUCAACACGUUCUGCUGCUCGUUGAUGUUAAUUGCUAAAAUGAUUCAGUAUGGAGUGUUUGGCCCACUCAGAGUUAGUGAGAAGCAGCACCUGAAAGAUAAAUUCUGGAAUUUCAUCUUCUACAAGUUCAUUUUCAUCUUUGGGGUACUGAACGUGCAGACAGUGGAGGAGGUGGUCAUGUGGUGUUUGUGGUUCUCUGCCCUGGUUUUUCUCCACCUCAUGGUGCAGCUCUGCAAAGACCGAUUUGAAUAUCUGUCCUUCUCACCCUCCACUCCCAUGAACAGUCAUGUACGAGUGCUUUGCCUACUGGUCUCAUUGCUGUUGGACUGCUGCGGUCUGGCUGUGGGCUGUGGUGGUCUGCUGGGAGCUUCCCAUGGCAUGCACACCCUCUCCUUCAUGGCAGCCGAGUGUCUGCUGGUUACUGUGCGCACUGGGCACGUCAUCAUGCGAUAUUCCAUUCAUCUUUGGGAUCUAAACCAUCCAGGGACCUGGGAGAGUAAAGGAACAUAUGUGUAUUAUACAGACUUCGUCAUGGAGCUGGUUAUGCUCUUCCUGGACCUCAUGCACCACAUCCAUAUGCUGCUUUUCGGGAAUAUCUGGCUGUCCAUGGCCAGCUUGGUUAUCUUCAUGCAGCUGCGGUAUCUCUUCCAUGAGGUUCAGCGCCGUGUCCGCCGACACAAGAACUACCUCCGUGUCAUCAACAACAUGGAGGCCAGAUUUGCAGUUGCUACUGCUGAGGAGCUGGCAGCUAAUGAUGAUGAUUGCGCCAUCUGCUGGGAUGCCAUGUUGACAGCACGCAGACUACCCUGUGGCCAUCUCUUCCACAACUCGUGUUUGCGCUCCUGGCUUGAGCAGGACACUUCUUGUCCAACGUGUCGCACAUCCCUUAACAUCAGUGGAGAUGGGGCCCCGGCGAGAGGCCAGCAGCAGGGCGCUGGCUUGGGAGACAACAUUGGCCCAGCGGGGGCUGCUCCAGAUGCUGUACCGCAUGUCAACCAACACAAUCACUUCUUCCACUUUGAUGGAUCUCGCAUAGCCAGCUGGCUGCCCAGUUUCUCAGUGGAAGUAAUGCACACCACCAACAUCUUGGGCAUUGCUCAGGCCAACAACUCCCAGCUCAUGGCCAUGGCCCAUCAGAUCCAGGAGAUGUUCCCUCAGGUGCCCUCAUACCUGGUCAUGCAAGAUCUGCAGUUGACGCGUUCUGUAGAGGUCACCACUGACAAUAUCCUGGAGGGACGCAUCCAGGUGCCUUUCCCGACACAGGCCAUAGAGCGUGCCCCUACACAGGGGAGCACUGCGACGGGUGAGCAGGGGGGGUCCAGUGGAGCAGCCGAGCGCGGCCUCAGCGAGUCGGAAAACGUGGAGGUCCGAGGAGGUCGCUUCUCUAAGUCGGCUGAGGAGAGGCAGAAAAUGUUGAAGCAGAGGAAAGAAGAGAUGCUUCUGCAGGCACGCAGGAGAUUUCUAAACCACAGUCCAGAGGACCCCGAUGAGGAUUUGCCUGGACUGGAGGAGGACAAUGUUCCAGAAUUGGUCUUGACCGCGCUGAGGCGUAGAACCAUGGCGGCAGCUGCAGAGAGACGCAUGCAAACUCAACAAGACCCGGCACCUUGAAAACACAGAUUGGCUUCAGCUGAAAAGAACCACGUCAUCAUCGCAAGAGGCACAGACAAAGCUAUAUCCAGCAUGCCCCAUUUGGUUUACAGUCAGUGGUCAUCACCUGUUCAAAACAAUAGUUCAAACAUAUUGAGAGCAUCGCCUUUGGACUCGUUUGACCUGCCUAAGCAAGGUGGGACUAUUUGGAAGGGCCUCUGUCACUGAUUCUAAAGUAUUUGGAAUAUUAUAAAAAUUGAAGGUUGCAAGUUGAGAAACACAAGGGUGCAUUGCCCUUCAUUCAAGUGCCACACAGUGCAACCACCAGCUUCAGUAGGCAGACAGUUACUACGGUGAUUGCGACUGGUUGUCAAAAAUCAGCGUGCUUUGCAUUCAGAAGAGUCUUUUAUGAGAGGAGUGUGAAGGUGUCAAUACUAGUUAAAAGCUAUUUGAGUCAUUUUAAAAAAAACAUUUUUUUAUUUUGUCAAAGAUUGGUUUCAUUUAUUUAGGAAGUAGCAGAAGGUUACUACCUAAAUAAGUGAAACAUGUCCUCGAACUUUAGAAAACUCAUCUGAUGUUAUGAGUCAACUGUGAAUUAAGUUUUUGCAAAAUAACAUGGUUUUACUUCUUACCUUUUGGAGUAUGAGAAUGUCACUUUAGUAUUUUUCAGCCUUUCAAAAUAUGAAUGUCAAUCUAAUGCUGCAUACAAAGUGUUGGACCCACAUGGGUUGUCCUGUAUUUAGUGUGUAAUAUACCCAUUGGUUUUGUUAUUUUAGCAUGGGGAAGUGGACAUGUUCAAUCUUAGUUUUUCUAAUAAUAUUCCCUACGGAUGCAUAGGGGAUGCAUUACAUUUUGUACAAUAGGUGUCAUCCUCUGUAUCUCUGAAAUCAACCUCUGAUAAUACGCAGUGCUCUCUGAGUAAGAAAAUGUUAUUUUCUACUAUAUAUAUUGAUGGGGUACUUGGCCAUGUGUGUGACUCACCAAUCCAGUUGCCAUUCAACACCAUACUUCUGGAUAUUCAAUGACCUGAAUGAUGGAAAAUAGUUAUAAAUACAUGAUAUGGAGAUUUUAUUUGGACAGUUUUAUUCAAAAUUCAUAGGAAAGAACAUAAUCAUCUCCAGCUCAAAGGUCUUAUUUCAGUUAUGUGCAGGGAUUUCCAGCAUAGAAGCUUGGCCCUGGAAACGCUUUCAGUGUUUUCAAAUUUUAAGUCUGUAUCUAGUUAAGACAUCGGUGGACGCAAAGAUGGAAACUGUAUCAUAAGUGUUUGAUUUCUUGUUAUUGCUGUGCAAAGGCAGUUUGAGGUGAGAUAGGCAUUAAUGUAGGUGAGCGCUUUCAUUUCCUUCCACUUUAUCCCAAAGAGCAGCCCACAAACUUCCACUCAACGCUGAAGUGUUGUAUUCUUUAUUUUUGUGUUGUAUGGCUCAAGCUCUGUUUUGGUGUUGUCGUAAGAAGAGACGAUAUAGGAUUUUAAUUUCAAAUUUUAACAUUUUUGAUUUUGUUUUCAUUUUUCAAUGAAAUUUUAGUUAUUUAACAGCUUUUAAUAUAUAUAUUAGAUAUAUUCCUUUAAAACCAAUUCUUUAUUAAAUCAAAACCGAAAUGUUUUUUUUGACUGGGUUUUGUUGUAUUUUUGUGCCUAAAUCAAACAUGGUUCAGUUAUGGAUAAUUUCUGUAAAUCUAGUUUUUGUAAAUUCUGUUAAUACAAAAGACUCAAUAAACAGAGCUUCUACAGCUUUUUAACAAGA